AUGCCUCAGGAGUUGGGUCGCUUCCUGAGGCGUCAUGGUCAACCAACCUGCUCCCGUUCCCGGCCUGAGGAGGAUGCUCCAGAUGAGCAACACGGGUCCUUCCUUGACAUGCAGGGUGCAGCGGAUGAGUUAGCGGCCACCUCGGUGCGGUGUGUUCAAGCUGUUGGUGCAGCGAUUGGCCCGCUGCGUCUCCUCAUGCUGGGUUUACGCUGCGUUCGAGCAGAGUACCUGCAACGUCUGGACGCCUGGGCCUCAGCUAUGACGGUGUCCCUCAGCGAAUCCGCUGCGCCAGCGGGCCCGCUGCUUCCGCGUUCGCCAGCCGCUCCUGACCGUGCACACACUUGGCUCCGCACACCAGAGGGCAGAUCACUCCUGAUGGAGCUGAGAUGGCUGGCGCCCGACCGCCAUACAGCAGUAAACCGGCUCCGUAGUGUAUUCCGCUCUAACCAGUCCAACGAUCGCCUGGCAGACAUUCUGACGGAGUCCGGGGUACCGAUGCGCAUUGGCGCAGUCCUGUCUUGGGGUGCUAGCCAGGCCACUUGGGCUGUAUACCGACAAGCGCUGCAGCACGGGCGCAGCCAGCAGGGACGGCAGAACCGCAACCAUGCCCCUGGUGCGGAAGGCGCACAUGCAGUAUAUAGGCUGCAAACCGAGGAAGCCGUACAACUUUGUCCAGACUGUCACUGGCUGUGGAUAGUCUCGUACAGAGCCUUUCCGUCUGCUCAGCAGCUUGACAUUCCGCCGGAUAUCAGCAGCCACAUGGACAGGGUUGCGGCAGAAUGCCUGCCCGCGGCCGGCUUUGGCAGCCCGCAGGUUGCACAGAGCCGUCAGCAACGCAUAUCGCGCUUCUUGGCCAGAUGGCUCCGGUACGAGUGGGCACAGCUCAUUCAGGCCGCUCAAGACUAUAUCCUGCGGCGGGGCAGCCUUGUGCAGGAUUUUGAGCUGAUUCUCACUCAGCUUCAACAGGUGAGCCCGGAUCUGGAGAGGAUUCGAGAGCUUCGGGAGGAGUGUGCGGCGCAACAGGCGCACGAGCACCACCUGGAGACCCUGCGGCGGCAGCUCCAGCGGCUGCAGCAGCGUCUGCAGGAGACGGAGAAGCUGGAAGAGAAAGCCCAGACAAAGGGGAGCGAGGCCUUGACAGAGGAGGAGAAGGCCAAGAUCCAGCGGCGCGGGCAGGUAGAAGCAGACAUUGAGCGCGUCACACAUGAGCUCGGCAUGGACACCGGCUCCCAGGAGGAGGAUGAAGAAGAUCCUCAGGAGGAGCGGGAUCAGGAAAUAGCUCGUCACAGACGCGAGAAGGAGCGCAUCCAGAGGAGGCACCACGAAGACAAGCGUGCGAUGCAGAAGGAGCGGCGACAAAAUCGCGAAAGGAAAUUCUCCGAGUGA